AUGGUCGAUGCCUCCAACGUCCCCGACACUCCGCCGCGUCCUGCGGAUGACAGCACCGGCCAGUUUCUCUGCCUCACCAUCUGCGGAUAUCGGCGCCCGGGCAUGAACGAAACAGACUACCGCAAUCAUAUGACGCAGGUUUCCGCCCCGAUGACUGCCGAUCUGAUGGUCAAGUAUGGGAUCAAACGAUGGACGAUGAUCCACAACACCGCCGAGAGCCGCGCUCUCAUGAGCCAGCUGUUCGACCGUCAAAUGGCCAACCUCGCGGACUUUGACUGCUUCAGCCAGGUGGUGUUCAAAAGCCUGGCGGACUACAAGCGACUGAAGGAGGAUCCGUGGUACAGGGAGCAUCUGGUCGGGGACCAUGAGAAGUUUGCUGAUACUCGGCGAAGUAUUAUGACCAUCGGGAGGGUUACUGAGAUUGUGCACGAUGGGAAAGUGGUAAAUUGUAUCGCCCGCCCAACAACCGUCUUGCUUCGUCACCCACUCCACAUCUCAUCCAUCAAGGCAGAAGCCACCGCCGUGAUGACUGGCUCCUUUCUCGCAGGUGCCAUGAUGUCUCUCUCCCUCAUUGCUGUCCCCGCCCUCCUCGACAGUACGCACGAAGCCCCGCAGCUCUUCUACCAGUGGACGCGCAUUUACCACUACGGCCACUGGGUGCUGCCGUCGAUGGCCGUCGUGACCUCCAUUCUAUACGGCUACGCGGCCGCACAGCAACGCCGGCGCCAGAAGAAGACUUGGAUCUCGUUCGCCCUCGCCGCCGUGAUGACAGUGAGCAUCCUGCCAUUCACGUGGCUCUUCAUGGUUCCAACCAACGACGAGCUGUUCCGGCUGCAGACCAUCAGUCAGACGGAGCCGGCGGUCAUGGGGAUCGACGCAGCCAAGGCCUUGGUCGUCCGUUGGCGUGACAUGCAUUCUUUGCGGUCCUUGUUCCCCUUGAUAGGGUCGAUCUUGGGGACAGUGGCGUCAGUGGGGCGGUAG